GCCUCUGGGCUUCUUUUCCUGGUGCCGCGGGGCGUGGCCCCGGUGGAAAUGGUGGGCAGGACAAAGCUCUUCAUCACCCUCAUGUAGCUGGUGUGUGGCUCCUGCACCAUGGUACCCAUGCCGUCAUCUGCUGACGUCACAAAGGGCUGAUGUCAACUGUGUGCAUGGUGCACAGCAGGAUGCUCCUGGGCAGUGGGCUCAGCCCUCAGAGUCUCUGGGGAGCUUGGCUGGUCCGAGGCAACAGCCAGCCUGCUGGAGAGGGAGCCACGGUGGGGUGGGCAGAGCCUAGGCUCUGGGUGCCCCCAGAGAACCCCUGCUGCUUUAUGGGUGCCUGGCUGAUAAGGGGCCCACAUAAGUCCCAUUUCUGCAGGUAGCAUGGCAGUUGCUCGGUGUCAGUGGACCAGAGCAUGUUUGAGAACGCCAGCGCCAGCACGGCACCCACCCCACGGCCACAGCACGUCCCUGCCGUGGCAGGCGCCCCACUGCAGCCCUCCCGCCCCGCUGGCAGCCAGCAUCUCCGCAACCUGGGCAAGGCCGUGGGGGCCAAGAUGAAUGACCUCCUGCGCCGCAAGGAGCCGGCCAGCCUCCCCAGUGUGGGAGUGAUGGAGGUGAAUGCCAGCGCCGGGGCCAUGCUGGGCACGGGACAGCCGGACAGCGAGGAUGGGGCUGUGGGGCUGGAUGCCUUCCCCCGGCUGGACCCCCCACCCCCUGUCACCAAGAAGCGGACGCCACGUGCUCUGAAGACCCCACAGGACAUGCUCAUUGCACCACAGCUGGCAGGGACCAGCCCAAGGAGCAGCAUGGAGGAGCGCCCUGAACUGCCCGCAGCCUACCCUGAGCCCGCAGAGGAGUGGCUGGGGACAACGGACCCAUCCCCUCCAGAACGCCCUGGGGUCCCCAGCAUGACCAACACCCCAGGUCCGAGUGGGGACCAGCCCACCACUGCCCUUCCUGUGCCUGACCUCAUCCAUAAGGGCAGCCUGGAGGGCCAGUGGCAAGCAGGUGAGAGAGCCACUGAGACCUCACCUCGCAUGGAAAAGCCCUCCCGGAGACCAGGGCUGGAGCAUGAGCCACCAGGGAGCACGGGGCAACUGGAGCCAUGCACCCCCGGCCGGGAGGUGGAUGGGCCUCAUCCUGACCUGCUGUCCUUCGAGUAGCAGUUGGGGAGCCGUGAUGGGGGCACCGUGGGGGCUGGCUCUCUGAAACACGUCUCUCACUGCCACUCGCUCGUUUUGGGGUCAUUAUUUUGGAGAUGGGGUAGCCCCAGGGUGGUAGGAGCCAUUGCUACCCCGGCUUGGGGUGUGGGCAGCUGUGACACCCCAUUUCUCCCCGGAUUCCCAGGAGGGGAACAGCCCGUCUUGCCACGGUUUCUGCAGGCCUGAUCCCAGGCCCAUUCACCUGUCAUUGCAAAGCUGCUGUCCUGCCAAGGUGCCACCAUCCCGACUGCACCCAAGGGCCACGCUGAGCUGGGGACCGAGGGUGGGCUUGCUCAGGAGCCUGGGUCCUCAUGGAGGGGGACAGAAAUGACAGCCUGCCCCUGACCCUGUCAGCUGUGCUGGGGCGAGUGUCCCACAAGUGUCCCCCACGGUUCCCCACAUCUGGGCUGGCUGUCCUGGCACAGAGCAUGUCCCAGCUUACAUCAUAUGCCAAGCACACAUCAUGUGCUUACAUCUUCAGGUGCCAGCCCCUUGGCGUUAGUCCUCCCAGUGCCGUCUCUCUUUGCAGUGGAGCCCAAACCACAGGAGACCCGCUCGUGGUACGGGCUCUGGCAGGGAGCAGGGCUGGAUGCCUGGGGCCGCAUGGCUGCUGGCCGGGGAGUCAAGCUCCUCACGAGACCCCACCCAGCUUCCACUUGUUUCCCAGUCUCACCCCAGCCACCACAGACCAGACUGGUGCAGGGCCAGCACCACCGCUCUCCUUUUCCUGGGAUGGUGAUGUCUUCAUGAGACUGGGACGCAAGAAGCCACACGGUCCUCUGAUACUGCUCUAUGAUUGUUUCCCCAUGAAUUACAGGAGAGGUUAGACAGCCUGUGGACCCCUGGGCUGGCGCAAGGAAGCAGUUGUGAGGUGGCACUUUCCUUCGAGCUUUUAUGUGCAUCCUUGCUGCAAAGGUGGUUUUGAGAGGAAAAGUUCCAAAGACCAGUUUUGGGAUGGAGGAGCCUAGGAGCUCAUGGAUGGGGUACCUCUGCUCGCAGCUCCUCCUGGGCCACACAGGGCAGUCAGUUUGAAGAAAUGUCUUCCACCACAUUGUGGUCCUGCUGAAGGAAGGGCACCGUGGGCCUGAGAGAUCCCUUUGCCAUGGGAGCGGCCACCAGCCCUCCUUGCCUGUUGGCGUGGUGGGUGCCGUGGCAGUGUCGGGGCUCUGCAGCACUUGGCCACCAGGAAGGUCGUGCUCAAGAGCGAAGGAGAUGCCAGACCUAUGCAGAGCCCACGGUGCGCUGGCAGUCGAUGCCGAGGUAUAACACACCCUGUGUAUAAUGUGAUGAUGCUGUGCAUAGCCGAUGCCACCCCGCAAACAGAAAUCUAUACGAGUAUGUAUAUGUGUAUGCUGCCCAGACCUGCCCUGCAUUGUGUAUGUUGAUGGAAACAAGGGCUCGUAGCCCCUCUUUGAGGAACCAGCAUCUUCCAACCCUGCUGAUCACAAGGGAACCUCACUGCUGGUCCAGUCCCUCUGUUUAUGUUGUCUAGGGUGUGUGCGUAGUUUGGGACAAAAGAUGCGGAUUGCACAAUAAAUUUUUUUUUC